CUUCCCAAAUGUAUAAGCCCUUUCUUGCGAUGCUUGAUUAACAAGGAACGACCUAAUUUAAUUCGCUUUCUGCUCCGUUGAUUCUCUGCUUUGUUGAAACUUUGAAGAAUCUCCUUCUAAACAAUUGACGAGCUUAUGUGUUCAUUUGACAACGAUAAACAGGGGCUGCUAUUCAUGAUUUUCUUCAACCAAUAUUGAUAGAGAAGAGAUUUGUUGUCCCACAUUGGUUGGAGAGGAGAACGAAACAUUCCUUAUAAGGGUGUGGAAACCUCUCCCUAGUACACGUGCUUUAAAAUCUAGAAGGGAAGCUAAAAAAGGACAAUAUCUGCCCGUGGUUGCCCGUGGUGACUAGAGCUGUUACAUUUGUUCACAAAUAAAUACAAACCUCAGGUGAUAUGGAUGAUGAGCAAACCAAACAUGAUGGUUUGACAUUGUUCUCACGAGUACCUUUUUCAAGAAGGAAGAGAAAGAGAAACGACAUCGAAAAUAUAGAUGGGAUUAAAAAGAAGCAGAAUAAGGGUGUGAAAACAGUUGAGCAAGAGAUUGAGUCAGUUGAUAUGAUCUCGGAGUUGCCUGAAUCUGUUAUUCAUCAUAUCUUGUCAUUCAUUCGAAGUGCAAAAGAGGCUGCUCGAAUGAGUAUCCUGUCGAAAAAGUGGAGAGAUGCAUGGAAGUCUUUUUCCAUACUAACAUUUGAUGAACAAAGCUUUCUCAAGACAGAAGUCGAUCUUGGUAGUGAUCAGCGAAGGCAGAUGUUUAUUAACUCCAUUGAUAACUCCUUGCUAAGCCACCUUACACGAAACUUUGGCAUUUACAAGCUAGUGUUCCGUGUAACGCCAAAGCUCAUCCUGUAUCUGAAUCGGUGGGUUGGCAUUGCGGGGGCAAAUGGUUUAGGUGAGCUAGAUAUCCGUGUUGAGAAGUCACCCAGACAUUACAUUGUGCCACCAUUUAUGAACUCUAUCAAGACUCUAACUGGAUUGAGAUUGCAUGGUCUUAAAUGGUCAAGUUUUGCAGCUUUAGAGUUCAAUAAUUUGCGAAAGCUGUAUCUCCGAAGACUAUACGUAGAUCAGCAGAUGAUCGAGAAAUUGGCUUCUACCAGUCCUUUAAUUAUGGAUUUGAGAAUUGUAGAAUGUCGAGGAUUAAAAAAUUUGCAGAUUUCGGGUUUUCGAAAGCUUGAAAGGGUUGACAUGUAUCAAUGUCAUGGUCUUAGAAGGGUUGAGCUCCAAGUUACUAGUCUGAACACAUUUUGGUUUUGUGCAAAGAAUUCUUCACGUUGUAAACUUAACUUAGAGUCCUGCACAUCCUUGAAGAGGUUGACAUUAGAGAACCCAUCUAUGACAGAUACUUUCCUUAAUAAGCUACUUUUCAACUUUCCAGUCCUCGAAAAAUUGAUACUCAGCAGAUGCAACAAGUUAAAGCAUAUUGAGAUAUCAAAUGUCAAGCUCCGGAGUCUAGGCUUGAGAAGUUGCAACAAUCUGAAAAUUGUUGAUAUUGGUACUGUAAAUCCUUGUUCAUUAGACUAUAAAGGCCACAAGAUGGUUUUUAUGCUCGGUCAGUUGUGCCUAAAGGAGGCAAAUUUUUCUUUCGGUUUGAAUGAGAAAGACGGUGCAGCUGAUAUUCCGUGUCGAAAUUUAGUCAUCCAUUCUUUUCUUCGAUAUUAUUGUGAAGGUUUUACGAUCAUCGUCUGGUUUCAUAAGAAUAUUAUAAUUCAUGACGAGAGCAAAGACAUCCUCCUUCCUCCUCUCCCCCAUCUCAAGCUUCAUGUAAUCAAGUCAUCUACAGAUCCCAAAGAUUUAUUAGAUGGUUUGUUGACGACAUGGCACCCGGAGAGGAUAAUCGUAGUGUCAUCUCCUAGCAGCGAUGUUCCAAAGGCGUUGCACAAAAUAAAAGGAGUAGGGGACCCAAGCUACUGCGGCUGCAACAGUUCAAACAGAAAAUGCUGGUGCCAUUUCUUGGAGGACGCCAAGAUUGUGAACAUUGCAGAAACUGAAGGUAUAUCAGGUCAGUUUUAUGGCCUGAAAUUGCAGAAUAGGGUAGACCAAAUAACUUGUAUGCGGCUACUUUGGGAGCCUUCUGUGCAUUUUGGUAAAAGCAUAGGGUCUGAUUCAUCACCAAACAAAAGACAGUGAUGAAGGGCUAUGAAGAAAUGUUUCAUACUAAUUAACUUUAGAGUUAUAUUUGCUGCUUGCUUGGUAAUCUGUAUGUAUUAUGUACUAUGAGUUCAAAUUUCUUUUCCUUUAUAUA